AUGGCGAGCUCCAAAGACAGUACGACUGUCGAUAUUGAUACAGAGCUAACAACGAGGAAAUCUCUCCCAAGAGAAGUAGGACUCUGUGUAAGUGGAUAUUCGCCGCCACCAAUGCUAGCACGGAGACAUUCCAUUAGUGAUCCUGGCAGUAUAACAAGUGCAGAGAGAUCAAGGCUGGCAACACUUGGCCUAGCCAGGUCUUUAUCCCUGAAUCCGGCACUAAUUGAAGAACAAAGUACAAGAGUUGUCAAUGGAGGACAUAGGUUAGUUGAAGAGUUUUCAGUGGAGGAUUCUUAUUCUGUGUCAAAUAUUCAUUUCAUGGAUCUCCAAAGUCAUCCUUCAGAUACGUUCAAAAUGGGGAGAUUGGAUAGAUGCAAGGAAAGGUAUAGCAGAACUUGUAAUAAUCUUCUUUUGGUCAUAAGGACGGCACUAAUUGAUCAACAUCGGCCAUUCCUUCCAAAGUUGAAGUUGGCAUUUGUAGUUUCAUGUGUGCUCGCGGUCUCUCUUGAUCCCUUGUUCUUGUACAUUCCUAUUGUUGAUAGGAACAGGAUCUGCAUCGGAUUGCACAAAACUUUGAUGAGAGUAGCUCUUUCUUUUCGAUCAGUGACAGAUCUCUGUUAUAUUGCACAUAUUGUUUUCCAAACACGAAAUCUGAUGCGUGAUAAGGUCAUUAAACUACGGGAAGUGGCUCUGUGGACUUAUUGCUUCCUAUUAUAUAAUGUAGUCGACUUACUUGCUGUUCUUCCCAUUCCACAGGUGAUCAUUUUUGUUCUGCUCAAGUCAAGUUUUUUGAACCGAAUGAAGCUUCUAUCUUCAUUGGCACUUUCGCAAUAUGUGCCACGAGUUGCUCGCGUUUAUAUAUCGUGUAUGGAACUCAUCAAAACUCCGAACAAAGUGACAGAAAGACGUAUAUAUUUUGGGGCUAUAUUCAGCUUCUUUCUGUACAUUCUUGUUGGUCACGUUUUUGGAGCUUUUUGGUACUUCUUAGCUAUUCAACGAGAGGCAACUUGCUGGAAAGAGGCUUGUCGAAAUGACAACAGAUGCGAACCUACUACUUUUUACUGUAACGAUCAUACAGUCAAAAACAUUACAAUUUUGAAAGAGUUUUGCUCUAUAAAUCGACAAGAUGCAUUUGAUUAUGGUAUGUUUCGUGAUGCUGUUCAGCACGAAGUUUUGGAGUCAACAAAUUUUUCAAAGAAGUUCUUCCACUGUUUCUGGUGGGGGUUGCGAAAUUUAAGUUCUCUUGGACAAAACCUCGACACUAGUAUCUAUACAUGGGAAAACAUCUUUGCGGUGUUUAUUGCAAUUAGUGGCUUGCUACUAGUGUUGUUGUAUCUUACUUCAAAUUUGAAGUUGGUAACUAGAACAUCAUCCAAGAUGAAAGCUAUACGGCUGAUGAAACUGAAAGAUCUGGAGGUACAACUGUGGCUAUCAAGGAAUGGCAUCGGUAAGCCUAUGAGGACAAAGAUCAUGCGUGAUGUGCAUAGAAAACUUGAGCCAAAUAAAGAUGUUCAUUUGGAGAGUAUCCUCUCUAUUCUUUCGUCCGAACAGAAAAAUUUUAUGAAGAGAGAACUUUGCUCGUUCAUGUUGAUGAACAAACUACCAAGGGAUUACAUCCAGAAUAUACAAGUUUUCAAGGCAAUUUUUGAUAAUCUUAAGCCAGUGAGCUACACAGAAGGCAACGAUAUAUUUCGAGAGGGAGAACCACUUACUAAGACGAUCUUCAUCACACAAGGCAUUGUGUUGUCGUAUCGUACAAGUAAUCAAGUCUCUACAUCUAUCAAGUCCCUUGGGAAAGGCGAUAUUUGUGGAGAAGAACUUUUAGAUUGGGCAGCUACAUUUAGCUCUUUCUCUAACUUACCCAUCUCCACAAGCAAUGUCAAGUCCCUCACAAAUGUUGAAGCUUUUGUUCUUAUAGCCAAUGACUUGAAGAAUGUCAUCUCUAAAUUCUGGAUAUAUUUUAGCCAAAUAUCAAUGUUCUCGAACCCAUUCUCCAACCCAACAGAUUCCCAAUUGGAGAAUAUGAAGCUUGUCGCUAUUUCUUCUGUAAGAACGAAUUUGCGCCAAAGAAGAGGCAAAAAGUUCUAA